AUCCUAAUGGUUGUCUGACGUUAUGGGGGUAAAAGCGGGAUCUCUAUCCCGGGAAUGGGGGAUAGGCAAGUAGCACUUUUAAUAUGAGUAUUAUGCGAGAUAGGAUAGGUCUGAUGAAGUAUGUGGAUACUUUUGAGUUUACUAUACACACACACAUACAUAUAUAUACUAUCAAGGAGUGAGUUCUACGAUACCUAGGGUGAAAUUCAGCGUAACGCAUACCUUGAGUAUGAAAAUGUUAUCCAAACCUUGAAUUGACUAAUCUUUCGGAUAUGAUACUAUAUUCCAGCCCUUAGACAUCAAAAUCUAGGUUUUAAUUUUCUAAAUCUUAUAUACCAAGAUCAAUUUAAUUAGAACAAUGAUCGACGAUUAUAAUUCGUCCAAAUAUAGGCAAAAAAUGAAUGCAACAUCUUAGGGUUUAUAGUUUAUGAUUUAGAUAAUUAGGACCUAGGAUUCACUCAUUAGGGGUUAGGGUAUAUUAUCCGACCCAAAAAUCCUGCUAAUUCGAUGUCUAGAUAGCUUUUUCAUACUCAAGGUAUGUGGUACCCUAGAACUCACCUGGGGUAGCGUAGAAGCCGCCCAAUAUCAAGGUAUACUAUACUUUUGAUUUUACUCAAGAUACGAUAGAAGAUAGAUAUGACGAAGUAUGCCCAUAAAUUAGAGGUUAGAGAAUUAGGGACUGGAGUUCACCUAUUAGAGGUUAGGGUAUAGUAUCAUGCCACAAAAAACUCUGGUUAAUUCGUGGUCUAAAUAGUAUAAAUCAAUGGUCGUAUGGUAGUGUGAACGCAAGAGUAUAGCAUACUACUCGCGCACGCUAGCUUGAACUAUAUGUGUGGUGUGGGGGGGGGGGGGGGGGAGUUCAGGUUGACGUACGCUAAACAUUAGUGUUUUGGUUGAUAAAUUUUGACAUAAGUUCUAAAUGGGACGUGAUGGUGACAUCAUUUAUGAUUAGAAAACCGAAGCAUCACAAGUGAGUGUGCUAAAUAUUGGAAAUUUUCAAUAUAGACAUACUACAAACUCUGUUAUGAAUCAAGAACACAAAAUAUUUGGAAAAUCCAAAAUGAUUUAAACAUAUAAAUAAGUUAAUUAAUAUAAAUUAUAAAAUAAAUCUCUCCGGCCAACGGGCCGGGUAAAAAACUAGUGUAGUCCUUAUAGUUGGUGCCUUUUCCUAGGAUCUCAAUUCACCUGUUUAUGUUUCCUUAAUGUUUUGUGGUUUUAUUGAUUGGUUCUCUCUUCGAAAUGCUGCAUUUUACAGCUUGGGAACAAGCUAGGAAGAGGACACGAGCGUCCAGGGAUAGCACACUUAUGCCAAACCAGCUUUAUGGGAUGCAAUGAAAAAGUUUUACGAUAUCAUUGUUAUGGUUCAAAAAGGCACGCUUAGGCGCAAGGCAAUGGCAAAACGCCUCGCCUAGCGAUUUCGCGCCUAAUUAGAUAAUGGAACACAUCAAUGAAGUAAGGCGACAUAUAAGUAUCUCCUAAACAUUACCAGAUGGAGCUAGGAAGUCAAUAUUAAAGGAGAAAAUUAAUGUCAACUACGAAUUUAAUUUCUAUAUCAAUAUUUUCAAUAGCUCAAGAACUUUGUGAGUAAUUGAGCUAUGAUUCUAUGAAUUCGUGAGCUAUGUUCUUGUCAUUAAGCGUUGAGUAAGUUAUUAAUCAUUUUAACUGAGGUGAGAAAGUGUUGUAGAUUAUUAUUUCAUUCAUCAUGUAGUGCGAAUAGCUUUUUUCUUCCAACGCCUAGGCAUGCUUAAUCUAUGCCUAGGCGAGCUAGGCGCUAGACGAAGUCUCAACGCACGCCGUACGCCUAGCGCCUUUUUGAAUAUUGAUCAUUGCACAUGGAUUAUUUGACAUUUGCAGGCAUGUAUUAUUCCCUAUAUAACUGCUAGCAUUUUGCCCGGCCAGUUGGCCGGAUUGUAGUUAUUCGAUUUAUAGGCUAUAUCCCGUUUUAGUGCCCUUUCCCCCAUUUUUGUUUUUUUCGGAAAUGUCGGGUCAAAUUGGUCAAUGAUCAAGUUGUUGUUAUUCCAUCUAUGAGCUAUAUCCCGCUUUUGUGUCCUUUAUUUUGACAUGUUUUAUUUUUUUAUAAAAAAUUCGUGAAUUCAUUUUAUUAUACAAAUUGUAUUUUAAGUGGUGUUAGGGGUGUAUAUGGUUCACCUACUGGAAUGCAAUCGUUCCAUCUCAUUGAUUUCCCAGUUUGCCCAUAUUAGUUUUGUCACAAUGCUGAUAGGUGCAAUGUAAGCAAGGUUGUCAUAUUGAUUUAAAUUGUCAAGCAAAAUAAAUAAGCGAUUUAAGAUGCGAUUGUCGAAUUGAGAUCCAACCUAUUUGACGUGCAUUAGACAUAUUCUAAAAAGAUAUAUCUAUAAGGUACAAAAUUAAAAUUCUAAUAAUAACUGGUAUACUCCAGAAGUAUAGCAUGCUCCAGGUAAUCUGAAUGUUGGAUGCACUUUGAUGAGCUCCGACCAAUCUCAAUAAUCAAUUAUUAAUUUUAUUAAAUUCAAUAUCUAACAAACUUAAAAACUCACCCAAUCACUUCAUAUCCUCUCAUUGUCCCUCCCCGUUCAUGUAUCUCUCUCUAUGUCUCCGUCUCUCCCCCACCCUUUAUCUCUCAGUCAAUGUGGCUGACGUGGCCGGUUUUAUAUGUACGAUUAACUUGCGUAGUAAAGCAAAAUACACGUAUGGAUUUUAUAUGUAAUUAUCCAUAUCGUAUUUUACUAACUAUGAUUAAGAUAAUUUUUGGUUUUUAUGUAAUUCAUAGCCAUUAUAUUUUAAAGCCAAAUUCAGUGGCGUUGGGCCUGUGAGCCCAUGAUAUAUACUUCAAGUAUUCCGACCAAUAUGUAAUAAGUAUAUUUUCAUCUAUGCGUAAUAAAGUAAAAUACAAGUAUACAUUUUAUAUUUAACUACUCAUACCGUAUUCUACUAAUUAUGAUUGAAAGCCUCUUUGUUUUUCAUGUAAUCUAUAUAUUUUUAUGCUUUCAUGUAAUUCAUAUUGCUGGUCUCGGUUUGUGAAAUUAGCAUAUAUAGGUAUACUUUUAAUUUACUAUAAAUAUGUUUUAGCAAGCCUAAUUAACCUGCCCGUUCAUAGCUCCCGUUUAUUUUUUUAGCGGGCCUCAAUUUAACAGGUCCAAGAAAUUACUGCUUUGGCACAAAUGCCCCUCCGCCAAUUAAGGACUGCCUUGCGGUGGUUGAUGUGGCACAAAUCUCAUAUGUACUCCUCUCUAUAUAUUUGUGUUGAUGAUGAUAAUAAUAAUAAUAAUAAUAAUAAUAAUAAUAAUAAUAAUAAUAAUAAUAAUAAUAAGGGUAUCUAUGCAUAUAGAACUGUACUGAGAUUUGUACAUGACAAAAGGUUUCAACUUUAUGAUGUCUCAUGGCAUGUAUUAGAAGUUUUCCCAUUCAGUUUAUAUUAUUGAUAAAUGAAGCUCCAAAAUUAUAAGCUUUAGCAUAAACUAUAGUUGAAGUAACAAUGAAAAAGAUAGGUCGAACAUUAUUAUGCAACAAAGGUUGUUUGUUUCAUUAAUUUACAUAUUCCUUUUCUUUUAUGGCCUACUGUUAUAUAAUGCGACACAUAUCACAAAUAAUCGGCCGUCGCGAAGCGCAGACUUUCCUUACUAGUACUCUUUAAAGUUUAAACCCUCUAACCCGUAAAAAAAAAAAAAAGUUUAAACCCUCUUCAGCAUGCUCUCGUUGGGCCACUUAUGCAAGCUUAUGUCUUCAGUGGACUUAGCAUAAUUGAGCCCAUAAAAAAGAAACAAAAGAAAGAAUUGAUUCACAAAUAAUGUCAUUGUAUUCUUCUUAUUUUUUUCCUUCGUUUUUCACUCACAAAGUCAAAUCCCUCAAGGAAUUCUGAUCCCAGCCGAUUUCACUUUUAACAAAAGCCAUUUGUGUAGUUAAUACACGACGGCAUUUGCUGAGAACCGAGUUUCGAGCAAUUUAGCAGUCGUGUUACUGUUACGACUGGCUCUUAAACGAGCAGUAGCUAUUAGCCUGCAGGUAGUGUAGUUCUCCCGGAAAGGAUUUGUAAAAUUUCCUCUAGUAGAGAGUUGGUGGCCUUCCUAGCACGUUUCGUUUAUGCUGAUUUUUGGAAAGGAUAUGUUUUUUUAUAAUCUAAGUUAAUGGGGUUUUUUUUAACACUAAUAAUCUUCUUUAAUUUUUCUGAAUUGGUUAGUGCAACUUUAUGUUCCCCUUUAUUAUGAAAAGAUUUCGAACACAUCCCUAUAUUCAAAAUUUGAAGUUACACAUCCUUAAUAUAAUCCUUAUAGGCUUAUAGGUUGUCAACCCAUGGGUCGACUCGCGGGUUAACCCAUUUUGACCCUGACCCAGUGAGAAAAACGGGUCGCACGCACCCACCGAGUUGGCCGCUACAAGGUACUAGGUUGGAGGUCAAAUUGUGUCAUUUUUUUCUUUGUUUUGCGAAAUGCGCCUAUUUUCCGAUUUUUCUUUUCGCCUAACUUAAUUUUUGGAAUCCUAAGUUGAACAUUUGAAUAUUAAUGUUAUAUAAGUGUGUGUGAAUUUUCACUAUAUGUUGAAUCUAAGUACGACAUGUUAUUUUGGUUUAAUAUUAUAUGUUAUAACUCAUAUGUUAGAUGAGAUUUGAUAUAAAUUAUCAGGAUAAGUACAAUAUAGUGACGCUUUCCAUAUUCCCGGGUUAAACUGGGUUAAAACGGGUGACCCAUUAACCCACUAGUUCAACCGGGUCCGAGUCAACCCGCGGGUUGACAACCUUGUUAUACCAUAACAAUUUACCAACCCAAUAACUUAAUUCCGGACAAAUGGCAAGUCAAGUGCCUCUUUUGCGUAAAUGUCAUAGUUAAGUGACUAUUUAUUGCCACUGAAUAUCCGGAAAUUCAUGGAGCCAAAACGCAAAGUGCCGAAAUACCAACUCAUCAAAAUCGACACCGUCGUCAUAUCCAGUCUGGCCGUGGGUAUAUAAACCCCACAGCCCCCUCGUUACCACAACACACACAAAAGUAGUCGAGAAAUAAUUAUCACACAAGAUCAAAACACAGCUAUGAAGAAGUUGGUCAUCAAUAUUAUGCUUCUUCUCGGCAUAGUACUCGUUGCAAUUGCUGGGCAUCCAUCGGCCGUCGUUUAUGCUCAGCAAUGCAUUGGAGCUAUCUGCCGUCUCAGCGAAGACUCCUUAACCGUCGCUGAAGCACCAACUCGCACAAAUUCAGAGGGUUACGACGAACCCGAGUCCGGCAAGGACGGUGGCGGAAAAAACUGCCGUGGGUGCUAGCUGAUGCAUGCGCAAUAAUAUGAAUGAUAAUUAACGUGGAAGAUUAAAAAUCAAAAGAGAAGAAGUUGUGUAAGAUUGUUAUAUUAUGAUAUAAAAGUUUGUGUGUGUUUGUGCUUUUUUCCCCCUUAAUGUUUCUCAGACCUACAAUUUGCAACUCGUGCUAGGUUUAUGCAGUUGCCCAGUUGGGCACUGCACGCACGGAAUAAAUUGAUUUUUCAGUGUUUGCUUUAAUUUGUUAUCGCCAUUAAGUGCCUGCAAGAUAUAGUGGUUUGCAACCUCUGAAUCUUGUCAAUGAUGCAAAUGAAAAAUAAAAUGAUGCAAAUGCAAUCAGGCCAGAAGAGACAAAAUAUAAGGAGUUGAAAAUGGCAUUCCGAAGAAGAUCAAUGCAACUGAUUUUUGAUUGCAGUUCUACUUCUAUGUCGUGGAGAUGUGAAAAUUGCACUGAUCCUCAAAAUGGCGCUUGGGCCAUAUCUCGAGCUUUGGUCGACAUUUUGGCCACCUAUUUGGGAGCUAUCCCAAUUCCCAAGUCAUGCAAAGUGGUCCACUAGUGUGGUAUGACAUGAAAUUGCACGAAGCACUACUUAAAUGGCAUAAAAACUAUCCCCAUAGACCACUAAUCGUUACUUUGAGUCAUUACCAAGAAAAUUCAAGUCAAUAUGGUAAAAAUUAUGCAGUACUCAUGUGAAAAAUUCCAUGAAAUGAGGUUAUGAAAACAUGUAUUUUACAUGCAUGGUGAAUAAGUCUUUGAACUUUCUUGUUUACAACAUGCAGCUCGACUUUCUUUUUCUUUUAUUUCCCUUUUUAAUGAAUGGUUAGAGCUUCUAUUUCAUAAAAAAAAAUGGCAACACCCCUUGCCAUUAGGAAAAACAAACUACGGCUACUGUAUUAACAUAAGCCUAGCUAGGAGGCAAGAAAUAGAGACACACGAACUUCAAUUGCAAGAAGAUUACAACCUCGGCACUAUUACAUAAAGCAUUCAUGCCUUGUCUAGCCUUCUUUACAACUUCAGCAACACUGUCACCAACGUGUACAAUUUUGCUGAUAUCGCAUUGAUGUGGUAGAUGAUUUGGAUCCUACUCAGCAAAUCGUUAGAAAAAUUGACGCCGUCACUAACACCGUCAAAGUUUCUAACGUAGUAGGCUAGAUUUGUCAUACUACCAUGCAAAUUCCUAAACUUUUACUGUAUUUCGAUUUAUUUGGCUAUAAUUGGCACGAACAUGAGAGUUGUGGCUAUGAAAGUGUAUUUUACCAAAUUAAAUGUACAAAUUUAGUUUGUAGCUUAAAGAAAUUUAAGCGAAAAAG